UCAGCAGCCGGUCACACAGUACCAGACUCCAGCGCGCGCAGAUUCUCCGAGAGAUCACGACCAAAUCCGAACCCAACAUUCCUCCGUUAUCACCCACCAGCUCAGACUGACAGCUGACCUGACCCGUGUCCCCUUCACGGCAGCGGCUCCCUCUGACUAAAAAAAACCAAAAAAAAAACAAGAACAUUGACCCAUCACUCGAAGCCGUAAAACUGAAUCAGACGAGGUGGGCUUAAUUCCCCCCACCUUCCCCCAGCACCACGUCUGUGCUCUCUGAGGCCGACACCGACACAUUCCGAGGAAAGAUUUUCGUCCCGCUGCUCCCCGUCAUCUCUGCCUUGUCUGUAGCCGACUCAUUUUGCUGCGCCCGGGAUCAUGGCAGAGUACACCUCUUUGCUCAGCGACCUGUCUGAAAACAUAACCAACGAGGACUUGGAGCAGCUCAAGUCAGCCUGCAAGGAGGACAUCCCUGAAGACCAGAGCAACAACAUCACCUCCUCCAAGGAGUGGUUCAGCUACCUGGAGAAGAACGACAAGCUUGCCCAAGAUAAUCUGUCUUACAUCGAGCACAUCUUCGAGAUCUCUCGGCGGCCGGACCUGCUGACCAGGGUGAUAGAGUACCGCACCACUGUGCUGAAGAUCUCCGAGGACGACGAGAUUGACACCAAGCUCACACGUAUCCCCUCAGCCAAGAAAUACAAAGACAUCAUCCGCCAGCCCUCUGAAGAUGAGAUCAUCAAGUUGGCGCCGCCUCCUAAAAAGGCAUGAGGUCAAUGUCCAGAGUCCCAAUCUUGGCACCUUGAUUUCUCCACCUCCGGCACUCAGAUCAUCCAACCAAACAUUCCCCAACAGCCCUGUUAACCAAUCCCGCCUCAGUCUCCCCGACACCACCUCCAGACAUAUACACACACACACACCCUCCCCUACCAUCCCCUGCCGCACCCUUGCCUCCUUAAGUACCACAAAUGACACGGGACCACGCAAGACGCUGUCUACAACGUCGACCAAUCAGAUCGUAGCGACGCAGCCCCUUCCCCAGCUGAGGGGGGGAUGGGAAGUUGCGGGGGGGAAAAAAGACACUUUAAGAUAAAAUUUGGAGAUGGACCAACGUAGUAUGUGUGUGAUGAGAACACUGAAGUCUGUCCUGGAUGCUGAGUGGGUCAGUUCUGAAUGAGUGUUUCGUGACGUUGCGUGUUCAUGUCGUUUAAGUGGUUUGGUUAAGUAUGAAACAAAAGCUAGGCUAACCCAUGAUGAAGCAGAAAUUACAGAUCCUGCGUUUGAGCAAAAUGAAAAAUUACAAGGCUAUAUUUUAUUCUGAAAUUCUGGAAAAGCCUACAGAACUUAAGAUAUGAAAUUAUAUUUGUGGGAAUAAGUGCAGUGACACUUCACUGCAACUCAUAUUUUGUCUUUGCUAAAGCUAAUUUAUCGAAAUUUAACUUGAUUGUACAACAUAGCCAAACUUUUAAGACCAUAUUAAUAUUUGAGCACUAAAACAACUAGAUGAUGGAAAACGGUUUCAGAAGAUAACCGCCAGGUAAGGUUCAAUGGUUAAAAAAAUAAAAAUAAAUCUUACGCAUUGUUGUUUUUUUUUCUGUGAAGGUGCUUGUGUUAGCUUGUAGCUAGCUGAAUAAAUAUUUGAGCGUGUUUGUGUUAAGAGGAGUAGUCUAGAUGCUAACCUCACAUCUGUCGAUUAGCCAAGAGUUAGCAUUAGUGCUAAACUUGAACAAAGAUCAAGUCGUUUUUGCCUCCCUGUUUCAAUACAGUAAGCUGAGCUAAGCUAUCUUCUUCAAGCUAGCUACAAGGGAGCGUCGGUUUCCUAAUAUCAGAGCGUGACUCGUGGGAAAAUAUGUCUCAGCAAAUCUAGCUGUUCCUUACUACGUCAUUAGACUGGUUACUUGAAGCUAAAUGCUAAUGUCAAAUUUUAUCAAUGGAAGAGUCUCUGUUCCCCCAAGGCUCUAUGAGCAUUCCCUUCACUCUAACAUGAUUAACGAGAAACAAGAAACAUGUCGAACAUUUUAGUGAAACAUAUUUAAAAUUGCCGAUAUUUGCCUUUAGCUUAUAGUCACUUCAAAGAGUUAUUUACAGCAGAUAUUUAGUUAUAGCAUUUAUGUCUUCGCAAUGGAAGAUCCUUUUUUGUAGGGACCUUUCCAUUAUUGGAACCAGUCAGAGUGAAUGUUCUUUUUAGGGACAGGUUAGAGAUGUAAAUAAAUAAUAUAUUACAAGAACAUAUAGUAGAAGUAAUAUAAUGAUCCAUAACUUAUGCUCUUUUGGGCAAACUCUAGCUCUAGCAAGAACCACCUAUAGGUUCAGUUAGUGUAGCUAGUUUCAAUAAAAGUUCAGCUAAUCCCAAACCAUCUAACAUCUCUUUGUAAGCAAAGGGUAGUUGAACUACAUCAUCCAUACGUACAUUUUGGGAGAGUUAUUGUAUGUAGCCUGUUUUAAGUAUCUUCGUUGUCAUUGUAUUUGUCGCUCAGAAAAUAAUUGACCAGUGUAUUUUGAAAGACUACUCAAGGCUUCUGAGAGGAAAAAUAAAAAAAAAGAUAAAUCAGUUUUACGUGAUCGUUCAAAUUCCUUACUCAAAC